AUGUGCGCAAACUGGGGAAACUAUACGCAGAACAGUACAUAUGAAAAGAUCCUCAAUCGUACGUUAUCUGCUCUACCUGAAGCACCUAUCGGAGAUAGUUUCUUUUACAAUUACACAUCUUCAAAUCCUUCAGAAGACCAUGAAAACACCACAGCUUAUGCCCUUGCACUAUGCCCUGGAGACAUUCAAAAUGAAUCCUGUAAGGGAUGUGUGAAGUCUGCAACCGAAAGGCUUCGACAGGAUUGUUCUAAACAAAUCAAAGCUACAGAAGCUCUAUCGUUUCCAACAACAAGUUAUAUCACCAACUGGAAUACUAUUUCAGUUGCUGAGUCGCUAGAAAAGUCCUUCAAAGAGUUACAGGUUAAAGCAGCUAGUGAUGGUUAUAGUAAAAGAUUUUACUCUGAAACUAACAUUUUACCAAGUUCUAGGGGAAAUAUAGAAGCGACUAUGCAAUGCAUUCCAAAUAUAUCGCACAACAAAUGUGAUGAGUGCUUGGGUAACGCUACUGAUUAUCUAAGAACAUCGUAUAGUGGAAGUGCUGAAGGAGUAGUUUACUACCGAUAUUCAUGUUUACUAAAAUACCAAGUAUAUGUUGUCCAGAUUCCACCUUCAGGGAGAAAAAGAACAAAUGUCAUCGUUCCAGUAGUAAUAGCAGUGGGAGCAGUAGCAUUGGCAAUCUCGACCUUCUUUAUUUGCCUAAAGAUCGGCAAAAACUGCAGUAAAAAUGGUGAAGAGGAAGAACCGCUUCAAGGAUCAGACGAUGACACUGGGGAGAUUAUUUACUUUAAACUAGAUGCAAUUCAAGCCGCUACUCGUAAUUUCUCAGUUGCAAAUAAGCUUGGAGAAGGUGGUUUUGGUCCUGUUUAUUGGGGAACGCUCUCCGAUGGUAAAAAGAUAGCAGUGAAAAGACUUUCAGAAAACUCAAGUCAGGGAAUGAAUGAAUUCAAAACAGAAGUAAAACUAAUAAUAACGCUACAACAUAAAAAUUUGGUGAAGCUUUUGGGUUGUUGUAUGAAAGGGAAGGAAAGGCUUCUUGUUUAUGAAUACAUGUCUAACAAUAGUCUCGACAAGUUUCUUUUUGAUCCUAAAAAAGCAAAAGAACUGGACUGGGCUAAGCGUGUCAACAUAGUGAAUGGAAUAGCAAAGGGUCUUCGUUAUCUUCAUGAGGACUCUCGCCUCAAGAUCAUACAUAGAGACCUUAAAGCUAGCAAUGUUUUACUAGAUGACGAUAUGAACCCAAAAAUAUCAGAUUUUGGCACUGCGAGAAUUUUUGGAUCGAAUCAAAUGGAAGCUAAUACUAACAGAGUUGUUGGAACCUAUGGAUACAUGGCACCUGAGUAUGCAAUGGAGGGGUUGUUCUCAAUUAAAUCUGAUGUGUAUAGUUUCGGUGUUCUUCUUCUUGAAAUUAUAUCCGGGAAAAGGAACUGCAGGUUGUUCUACGAUGAGCAUGAACAAAACCUUAUGUACUAUGCAUGGAUGUUAUGGGAAGAAGGAAAAGGAGAGCAACUGAUAGAUGAAAAUCUGAAUGAUGAUUGUCCUGUCGAUGAGGGUCUCAAAUGGAUGCGUAUUGCUCUACUAUGCGUUGAAGAAGAUCCAAACAAUCGUCCCACCAUGUCUUCGGUUGCUUUUAUGCUUGAAGGUGAAUGGAAAUCCCUCCCAGAUCCUAAACCUCCCAUGUCUUUUGGCCAAUUCAUGACCUCUGACAAAUCUUCGUCAACUUGGAAUGGCGAUGAAUUUGGGUUUUAUUCAUGAUCUUUAGAAAGUAAAUGCAUCGGUUAUCAUUGUAUACUGACCGUUUUAUUCUUUUGUAUACAUAUACAAUCAAGUGUUUUCAUUAAACAUCGAAUAGAUUCAACUCGUAGAAAAAAUCUUCUGAAAUAAUGUCCUAGCUAUAGAUCUUGAUUUGUUUUUCAAUUAUUGUAGAGUAAUUUGUAUCUGGUGUACCACAUUUGUCUUAGCCAACCCAUUUGACCAAUUCAUUACAAUCAUUUGGACCACAAGAACUGCAGCAUUUUAAAAACUGGCCUACAACGAUAAAUUACAAAAAUCAAUUAAUUCCAAUUAUUUGCAAUAUGUAAUAUUGUUGUAACGUCAUUGACAUAUUGGAUUUAAAAAAGAGCUUGUAUGAAAUGGC